UGUGUGGAUCUCUCCGCUUCUGACCGUGUUUAAUAGCAUUUUUGGGCUGGUUUCGACACGGUUUCUGUUGACUUCGCCUACUGUCGGUACUAAAACACCCUGUAGAGGCAAAACUUUGGAUUUUCCCAGGAAGAAAGAACUUUUCUCGAGGAUUUGAGGAGUUUUAACCAGAACUCUACGAUGUUUUGCGGUUAUCGGGGCAUUUCUUUAAUAACGUGCUUCUCUCUCAUGUUCUUCGGAGUUGACGCCGUGUCAGAUGAACUGCCUCAACCAGGAAACCUGAGUCUGUCAUGGAGCCCUGACUAUUCGUCAGUGUGUGCACGGUGGAGUGAGCCAGCUGGUUUGGAAACAGAUUGUAAAGUGAGCUACGAGAUUCAUUUUUAUUCAAAGAAAUGUCCGCCCAGUGCAGAAGAGCCACGGAAAUGGAGAGUAGAGAAGUUGACUCACACAUGGAAAACUGAAGAGGAUGAGAUGUGUGUCAGCAUAACAACAAACCCUAAGUGGAACUGUGGAAACAAGACUUCAAGUAAAUCAUUACUUCAAGGCCUCUCCCGACCUCCAGGUUUAGUGAAGAACUUCACUUGUCUUUAUUACUCUCAUAUGAAGAUGAACUGCACCUGGAUCAGCAACACCACUGAUCUCCAGCUCUUCUACAGGCCUCACAGUGAAAGCAGUCUAAAGCCGUGUGUCUCCUAUAUUGGUAAAGGACACAUGAGGACAGGCUGCCACCUAUACGGCAAAGAAUUUGUGAAUGAUACAUUCGUCUUUCUUGUCAACGGAACUCAUGGAGGUUUCCCUGUACAGAGCAACUUCAAUAGAGAAAUAAGGAAUUUUGUGAAAGUACCACCCCCUAAACUUAGUAUAAGCCUGGUUGGAAAGGAUCUCCAUGUUCGGGCAAGUCCACCUGAUUUUAAAUCAUCAUGUUGGAAGUACCAGUUUAACUUCAAAAAAUGCAAUGAGGAUGAAAAAUCAAUUACUGGAAAUCAACAGUGGGAAUUUAGUUUGGAAUAUAAUGAAGCCUGCCAUUACACAGUACGAGUGCAGGCCAUAUACCAAUACUGCGGAGAAGGAGGGAGUGACUGGAGCGCACCUGUGCACUAUGGUGAGAAUAGAGAUCCAGUUGGGCCAUUAAAGAUGACUUCGAUAGUCACCCCUAUAAUAGUGGCCUGCUGUCUCAUUGUGGCUCUAGUGUUAUGUCGAAGACACAAGGAUUACCUUUUUCCCAAGAUUCCUGAACCAUCGCUGUUAGUCAAGGAUAUGCUUAACAAUAGUAAAGAUAAGGGUCUAAAUGUUGGAAAACUUUACAUACCUUAUGAAGAUGUAGUGGAGAAGAAGAUCAGCCUGGAGCCAGAGAGUACAUUCCUGCAUCCUGAACCAUAAAAAAACCCACAUUUGUGCACUAUAAAUACCAUCAUAGUUUCAGUGCACAUGUCAGACUUCAGUCCCAGCAGUCCACAGCAUUGCAGACUGUAGGAUUCUGCCUUAUGAAACACACUUGAUUCAACUCAUCAGUGACGAGGCUUUUACAUUGAAUUCAGAGCAUUAGAAGAGGGAAAAUGCUAAUCACAGCAGAGCUGUGACUUGGAAGGAACCUGUGACCUUCAGAUACCUCACUUUCGCCUGGUGUUGUGUGUGUGUGUCUGUUUUUCCUUUUCUGUUCACUUGCUUUAUAUGAAGGUCUACAGCUUAGUAUGGCACAGAUAAUGUGGUGGGACUGCACAGAUCCAAAUCUAUCACAAAUGUAUUUGAUAUAGUCACAUAGAUCUACUAUCAUCUUCCAAUUCUCAGAGCUGAGCAUGUAAGGACAGCAGAAGAAUGUUUCAUAUCUGAAAACAGGGACAGUUCUGAGUGGCUGUCUGUAAUUUCUUAUAGUAUUUCAUAUUAGCACAACAGAGAAAUGGAACAUAUUCCUGCCAUUUCUGCCAUUGCUAAGUAGAGUAGUACUGUUCUACUGUGAUACUACAUGGUUAGCAGCUGGACUCUGUAGUUAAUGAAUACUUUAUUUUUAAUGUCUUUAAAGACCAGCAAAGUUUUAUUACACACAUCUGUAGCCUGUAAAUAGUUCAGCCAGUUUGCAUUAGACUCCCUGUAGUUACUGAAAAAUAAGCCUUAGUAUGCAAUAAGCCUGGGAUUUUAAGGGGUGAACUUAUCAGUACAUCGUCUCACUCAUUUUGUGUAAGUUUACACUUUCGACUGGCCCUUUAAAGGGCCCAUGUCUUAUAUUUAUUUUUUUUUUAUGAGGUCCACUUAUGAUGUUUGUAUAGGUUAAUGUACCAAAAUGGUCAUAAUUCCUUAUUUACAUGACUAAUUUUCUGUCUCUUUAACUGUUAGAAUUAAACAGGCUGUUUGUUGUUGUACCCUUGAACUUAUAUAUGUAAAUAACCUCUGUUCUGAAGGCUGCCCUGUAUUGUGCCUCACUUUAAAAGCAGUCUCCUUAAAACUUCAGUGUGAAUUUUUCCGGGGCUUAGCUGCAGUUGGCUGAGUUUGUAGAUGUAUGUAAAUGUGUUUGUUUUUGUAAAAAAAAGGAAAAUCUGUUUUUCCACGAUAUGGGCCUUUUAAGAACGAUUGGAGUUAGAAUUCACAUUCUUCAUUUUAAUGUGUUCUUGUACUCUUUGGUUGCUGUCUGUUUUUUGAAGACAUGGGUGGUCCAAAAUCUUCCCUUUUUAACUUGUGGGCCAAGAAAGCAUAGAUUAUCAUGGUUAUUAGAACUGAACAGAGGAGAAGCAAUAUAGUGUGUUAUACAUAAACAUAUAGUAUGAAUAUAAUCAGGAGGAACACCACUGCAUGUUAACCUCUCAGUGGUGAUGGUGCUAGAAAGUUCUUCUGCCAGCAGUUUCUUGCUCUCCUCGUUCAAUGAAGCUACCACACUAUUGCAUUUACAAAACAUCCACACUAUCGCUGAUUAUAUUUGUAUUUGUAUUUUUGCAACAAACAGCACAACGCAGCUUUAAAAAUGUGAGAUGAGCAUUAUAUCUCACAAAAAAACAAAACAAGUGAGUUUUGUUCUUGAUGCUUGUCCACAGAAGUGCCUUGGCUGAUUACUGUGGUCCCCUCAGCCCUUGAGAGUUUGCAGGAACACAGUUGAAUUGUUAUUUUUUCCCUUGUAAAGAAGCCUCCCUAGUAACAAUUUUUGCUGAAUAGACAGACUCGAAACAGCCAAUACAGCUGUUUAAACAGCACAAAAGAGUGAGGGUCAGUUAAGAAUUAGUCAAAUGUGUUUUUGUUAUUCCGUCCAUCGAAUGGUUCCUCUAAAUAAAUGCAUGUAUGUACAUAA